CUCGCUUCUCGCUUGGCGCUCGGCAUUUGUCAUUGCACUCAGCAGCGUGCAAUCGAGAGCACUGUCGCUGCAGUCGAUGCGCCGCGCCAUGCUGGCUGCCUUGGGUAUGCGGUGCGCGGCGCUGGCGCCGCGCCUCCGCUCGGCGCGGCGCCUCGCGACGCCCGCGCGCCUUGCGCCGAGCCCGCUCGACGAGGACUUCCUGCUGCCCGACCGCGACCGCGACGGCGACGGCUUCGGGGAGCGGCCGCCGCCGCGGCGGCGGGAGACCCAGAAGCUCUGCUACAAGUGCGGCGAGCCGGGCCACCUCGCGCGCGACUGCCCGAGCGACGCCGGCGGCGGCGACUUCCAGCGGACGCGCGUCUUCGUCGCGGGCCUCGACCCGGCCGUGCAGUGGUACGACCUGAAGGACUUCUUCCGCGAGGCCGGCUUCGACGUCGUCUACGCGAGCGUGUCGGCCCACGCCGACGGCAGCUCCAAGGGCUGCGGCGUCGUGCAGCUCGCGUCGGCCGAGGCCUGCGACGCGGCCAUCCGGGACCUCAACGGCGCGGCGCUCCGCGGCGCCGCGAUCGCCGUCCGCGAGGACCGCCAGGAGCGGCGCCGGCGCGGCCGCGGCGAGGCGCCGCCGCGCGCCGCGGCGCGCGACGCGUUCAGCGACCGCCGCGGCGCCUUCGACGAGUUCGGCGGCCUCCUGCCCUGGGUCGGCGCCGAAAACGGGCCGCUGCCCGCCGAGGUGCUGGCCCUCCUCGCCGACCGCGACGACGCGCGCGACGCCAAGGACUACGCGGCGGCCGACGCGAUCCGCGACGACGUCCGCGACCUCUACGAGCUGCGGAUCGACGACCGGAACCGGCGUUGCCUGCCGCACGCGCCGCCGGUCGCGCCGCGCGCGCCGCCCACGGCGACGGUCAAGGCCGAAAGCGACGAGGCCGUCGUGGCCGCGCUCGCUGGUGACGUCUCCUUCCUUGACGCGCCGGCCGAGGAUGCGACAUUCGACGUCGCCGACAUCGACCUCGACAGCAUUCUUGCAAAACACGGCGACGCCAUGCGCGCCGCGCUCGCGGCGCCCGACGCCUCCGCCGAGGACCGCGACGCGCUCGAGGCCCUCCGCGUGCCCGAGCUCAAGGACCGGUGCCGGGCGCGCGACCUGCGGGUCGGCGGGACGAAGGCGGUGCUGAUCGAUCGGCUGCUCGGGGUCGAGGAGUAG